UCAACACUGACACAUGUUUCCUGUACAGUCACACUCUCUCUCCAACACCUCCAACAUGGGCAGCCAAAGAAAAGACAGCUUCCUCUGGGGAAAAGCUUCCACAAUGCUUAGCUCAAUGGAGAGGCAGGAGAUAGACACCAUGAAGUUUCAUAAGAGUGACCUAUUAGAUGACAUUCAGAAGCUGAGGUUGGAGAUUAACAGCGUCAUGACGGAAAUCCACAACAUUGAGGCGGACGAGGAGAACAAAAAUGUUGUGAGAAACAAGAGGUUCUUAAGUGGGAAAAAGAAAUUCAACAUGGAUCCUAAAAAGGGUAUUCAGUACCUGGUUGACAAUGACCUGUUGGAGUGGACAGCAGAGGCAGUGGCUGAGUUCCUAUACAAAGAGGAAGGACUGAACAAGACAGCCAUUGGGAACUUUUUAGGAGAGAGGGAGGAAAUGCACCUUCAAACUCUGAAAGCCUUUGUAGAACUACACGAGUUCUCUGACCUGAAUCUGGUGCAGGCACUGAGGCAGUUCCUGUGGAGUUUCCGUCUCCCUGGAGAAGCCCAGAAGAUUGAUAGGAUGAUGGAGGCAUUCGCUACACGCUACUGUGACUGUAAUGCAGGGGUCUUCCAGUCAACAGACACCUGCUACAUCCUGUCCUUUGCCGUCAUCAUGCUGAACACCAGUCUCCAUAACCCCAACGUGAAGGACAAGCCCACUCUGGAGCGCUUCUUCAGUAUGAACAGAGGCAUCAACAACGGGGGUGACCUGCCCAACGACCUGCUCAUGAAACUCUAUGAGAGCAUUCGGAACGAGCCAUUCAAAAUUCCAGAGGAUGAUGGGAACGACCUCACACACACCUUCUUCAACCCGGACAGAGAGGGUUGGCUGCUCAAAAUGGGAGGAAGGGUGAAAACAUGGAAGAGGCGGUGGUUUAUUUUGACAGACAGCUGUCUGUACUACUUUGAGUAUACCACAGAUAAAGACCCCAUAGGAAUCAUUCCCCUUGAGAACCUCUGUGUGAGAGAGAUAGAAGACUCUAUCAAACAGUAUUGUCUAGAGAUCUACAACCCCAGAGGGCAGAAGAUCAAGGCGUGCAAGACAGAGAACGGAGGCAGGGUGGUGGAGGGGAAACACCAGUCCUACAGGAUGAGUGCAGCCACAGCAGAUGAGAGAGAUGACUGGAUAGGCUCCAUCAGAGCAAGUAUCACCAAGGAUCCCUUCUACGACCUGGUGUCAUUGCGCAAGAGGAAAGUCAUCAACAACAACAAUGCUUCACAGGACUGAGACAUCGGACAUGAUAUAAAGCAUCAUGGGAAUUGAGCCCGGUCAUGAUCUGUAGAGGUCCCUCUCCGUUACAGCCAGUUUUUUGAAAUGCUUGGAAAUGAUGGACUGGUUCAAGUAAAUAGACAUGGCGCUUAACGUUACAAUGCUGUACAGUACAGCAUUAGUGCAAUACUGUAACUCAGAAUGAAAAAAAAUAAUUGUGACCUGUGUGUGGUUUAAAGCUGUCAAACCAGAAUCUCCCCAUACCUCAUACUGUAGGUCUAAUUUUAUGGUUGAAGUUAGUCGCUCGGUCUGUUCAAUUACUAAUAGAAAGUGAUUUCUGUCAAUAUUUCUUAGAAAUAAGAAUUUAAAAGUACGUGAGAGAGUUGCAAACCAAAAUAAGUGUGUAGCACUGUAAGAAUAAUGCAUCAUUCUAUAAGGACAGAUUUGAACAUGUAAUGUAUAAUGCAAAGUUACUAAAAUGUAGUUGUAUAUAGUUAUAGUUGAUUCUGUACCAUAAGCAUAGAACAAAGGAAAUAUCAGGUAAGCAUUACGGAAAUGCACCACCUUUUCACCUUGCACCAGGCUCAGCGAUUUCAGUUCCUAGUAAGCCUCUGUACUGCUAGCCUUUUCCUCUCCCAAGCCUAUAGAAUUCCUGUUACGUGGACACAAAUCUUCAACACUGAUUCAGUGUUGUGACGUUCUUUCAUUAUCUUAGAGGCAUUGUAUAAAUAUUUUUUUUAAAUAUGUAUGGAUUUAUUUUUCAACUCAUAACAUACGUAUUUUGUAAAUACUGUAUUAUAAUAGAAAGUUAUUUUGCACAUUGCCUUUAAAGUACAGCAAAUAGUAGCAGAUUAUAAUUACAUCAAACGGGCCUAAAAAGCGGGACUGAAGACCUUUCUCUUCAGGAAGGCUUUAUGUUGAUAGCGGUGCUCAUUGGUUUCAUUGUCCCUUGUAGCUUCAGCUGUGUUCUUUGUGUCAGUUUCCCUGUUCAUUUUAUAUUUAUUCUGUAUAAUGAAAUGCGCUUUACAAAUGUAAUACACCUUCUUCUUCUUAUUAUUAUUAUAAUCAUAAAUAUCUUAGAUAUUUACUGAACAAAAAUA